AUGAAUGCUCCGGAGAUUAUUAGGGUUAAGAGAAAGAGGGAAACAGACUCUGUGCACGCUCUGCUUCUUGAGGAUGAUGUGCCCAGCAAGCGUGGUAAAUUUGUAUUCAAACUAGCCAAAACUGUAGAGUUCGAAUCAUAUGCCCAGCAUCGAGAACUGAACACGCCAUUAUUGAAGCUGUCGCAUGAGGGUGAUGCUAGACAUUUUACUUUGGAACAGCGGAAGCGCAAGCUGGAGUCUACAGCGCUGCCGACGGAGAUCUCAGAGAUGUUGGACGAUUAUCUAAGUUUGAAUUCGAUCCAGGGCGCUGAAUCUAAGCCUGGGAAGUUAAAGAGAUCAAACAGGAGAAAAUCAGAGGCACCUGUUAGCGCGGAGGCUCUUUCAUCUAUUGCUUACGUCUAUGAUAUCUACUACCGAGAGGUUGUUCCAGAAGAUGAGUUCAUUUUCGAUGCCAGUACAGUAGGCUAUAUCAAGAUUGUUGAGGACAAUGGAGAUAUGAUACCAGAGGAGGAAGACGACGACCAAAGUGCUCGUUUGUCUGACGACGAGGACUCUAAUGAGGAAGCAUACUACAGAAACGAUUAUCCAGAAGACGAAGACGAUGAUCGCUCGGUGCUGUUUGCAAAUGAAGAAGUACCUGGCGCACUCUCAAAAGGCAUUGAGUCGUCUGCAAGUGACGACGAGCUGGCCGGCGACGAGCAAGUGGGACUGCAACUUGCAAAUGCUGAAAGUGAUUCUGCACGCGAACACAUUGCAACAUUGGGGGAUGAUGAGACAAACGCUUUAUUCGACAGAUAUGCAGCCGAGCCAGACAUACUACAGGCAGCAGAAAACAAUUUUUAUGAUGUGGACGACAAUAACGAAGAUAAUGGCAAUUUAUCAGACAUGGAGAGCGAGCUUAAUGAUGCAGACUUCGAGAGACACAAUUUUUUUCCAACAGAUGCGGAGGACCCUUUAGCGAUGCAUCGUGAUAGGAUUUUCGGCAGGUUGGAAAGAAUGAUCCAGAAAAAGUAA